UUCUUGUAGCAACUUUUAUAUUGCCUGGUUUCUCAUUUACCCAGACAAGCCCAGUCAAAGAGAAAAUAGGAUCAAAACAUGCGAAAGGUAUCUUUCCUAGUGGUUCGAAAUUGAAAGCAACUUUAUGACGGUGUUUAAAAUCCAGAAUUCACAGUGUUUAGUUCAAUUAUGCAUGUAUUGGGAGGUGUCAAUAUACAGUUUUCGUAUCAAAUGUUUGUCAAUGAGGAAUGAACUGCCCUUUGUUGACUACACGCAACAAUACUUUACUCAAACUCUUCCGGGUAUUAGGACAAGUUUCGAUUAGUAAUAUUUUGGAUAUGGCGUCGAUUUCGAGAGAAAGGUUGUUGCUAUUGCUGUUCCUAAUAUCUGAUGGUGCUGGAAACACGAUGGUAAACAAGUGCAAAGAUUUGGCCAGUACAAAAUCAAUACCAGUUGUUUCAUUUUGCAACGAUCAGAACAUGGAAUUGAACUCUCAAAUUACACUUGACGCCUACCAGCCUUCUUUUGGUGCAAGUGCUCCCUUCUGUAUGUGUGAGGUCAAAAUAUUGAGCACACAGACAUUUUCGAGUCUUUACGUUUCACAGGAAAGUACCAUCAUACCUCCAGGAGACUGUGGAUUACAAAUAGAGAUAGCAAAUGCUACACAAACUAUCCGAACUGUUCAAUGUUCUACCAUAGUAGAUACAGAGUAUACACUCGAUCUCUAUCAAGGUUCCAGUAUUGUGAUUUCUUUGGCUAAUAUUUCCGAAUCCUGGUCUGAUGGAUUUUGUUUUCGUCUCUCGUUGAGGUUUGAGAAAUCCCCUAUAAGCGUGCAGUGUUUUAAUCCUGGGGUAACCAUCGUCCCUUCCCAACCCUAUACCACGGACACACCAACAACUUCCACCACUGUUUCAUCUGUUACUACAUCAACUGUGACAUCACAUGUGACGUCGAGCGUGAAAUCAACUACAUCAACGUCCAGUACGGUAUCAUCGGGCACUACGCAAACUGAGUUUUCCCAAACGACAGCUACAUCAACAUCUUACAGCACAUCAUCUGGCGAUGUACUUUCCUCGACAGUCACAGACACUGAGAAAGUGGAAUCAACAAUGGGUGUCAGUACAGGCACAACGACCCUUGUAAAGACAUCUUCAGUGGGCAAGGAAGAUGUUACUUCAAACGUCAAAAAAGUUAUUCAUACCUCAGAUUUCAAUAUUUUAUAUGCUGUUAUACCAGUGAUUGGAGUCAUUUUGAUUGGAAUUCUCUGUCUCGUCUUCAUAUGGUAUAGAAGGCGACGUGACGCAAAGGAACGAAUGUCCAGUCGGGAACGAUUACAAACGUCAACAGCCUCCUCAUCUAACGGAACGGAUACACAUCCACAGAAUAAAGCAUACAGAGAAACACACACUGCAAACCACAGAAUGAAAAACGAUCCUGAAUUUUACUAUUACGACGACCAACCUACACAGCAAACAGCGUUGUAUGCGACCGUGUACAAGGGAGCGACAUCAAAGGAAAACAAUCCAAAAAGAACCAGCCAUUAUGUGAGGAAUAAAGAGGGAAAAGACAUCCCAAGAAGUAAUUUGGGACUAGAUCAAACGGCAAGAAAUACUUCAAGGGGAAGUUCUAACGACAAUUCAGUUGUUUAUGUGACUGUUAACGGCGGCAAGAGAUUCAUUUUAUAGAUAUUUAACAGAAGAGAGUAAACAAAAUAUAGUGGUUUAUUUAAUCCGAUUGAAAAUUACAUGGUUGUUAUAUAAUUUUCCUUUCUCAAUUCAACAGUGAAAUUUAACAUGAAUUCAGGAUAAAUAAGCAACAAAAACAACAACUGUAAUGAUAAACUGAAUGAUAAAGUAAUUUUUGUUCUUUAAAAAAACACCCCACAUUUAACUCGGAUUCAAAGCAGAAGUAUUAAUUUAUUCAAUAUCUUGGUAAAUUAUAAAGUUUUUUUUUCAUUUUAUUUAUUUGUUGACUUAUGUAAAUAAACUGUAAUGUCGUUGUACAUUUAUUAUAUGAGAGGAUAACCAUAAUUACAAACAGUACAUGUAACUAUUUGUUUUGAAUGAAUUGAAUGCAAUCAUGUCCAUUUUUAUGUUGUAUAACCUUAUUUACAUAUUAUCAAGAAUUGUUAAUUUUUUUCACAAGUUCUGAAGACCGUCUUUGAAAGUACAUGUUCAUGUAUGUUCACAAAAUAUCAAAACUAUUGCUGCUUAAUUGCACCUUAUGAUUUGUGUCAUAUGAUAUUAUUGUAUAUAACGGUUAACAAAUUAUAAGGUCUGAAACACACAGAAAAAAAUAUCUACAUGGGUGCAUUGGUUCAUGAUCAGCGGAAGGCCUGGUGUGUUCUGCACUCGUCUAGAACCAAAUUAGACUUUGCACAUCUAUUAUUAUAGUCAGCAACAUGGAGUCAGUAACGUUUUCUUUUAUUAUUUUUCUUUCUUUAUGCAUAUACCAACAUUUUGGCCCUUGAGAAAAAAAGCACUUCUUAGGUUUGUUACUGCCUACAAACGGAAAUAUGGUUUGUUAAAGAGCUUGAAAGAUUUCGAUUUGUUAGCCUCGCCUUCUAUGAACUCUAACCAUCUGACAUAUUUCUGUAGACAAUCAGCAUCAAACCUGAUAAGUAAUAAAAUAUUUGAAAUUCGUAUAAUUAUUCUACUGUAUCAACUUACAUCAUCGGUACUUUACUAUCAAUAAUUAGAUGAAUUGAUAUAAUAAUAUGUUUUCAUUAUGUGAUUUCAUGUAGAAAGUGAUAGUCAUGUGUAUCUAAAUAAUUUGAACGUAUAUGUUACAUGUUACUUGCCUGUAUGCGGGGUCUCUGCUAAUAGAAAAAUACAUUUCAACUUUAAGUAUAUUUACAUGCACAUGGUAAUAAAUUGCUAUGAAUCAUCCUUUUUGAUUAAUUACAGUUGGUAGGUUAUUUCAUAAAAUUUAUGCCAUUACGUGUAUGGUCUUAGUUUCCUUAUUACUAUGCAUAAUUAUGAUUAUACAUGUACUCCAUUGUUGAAAAUCACA